AUUGCCCACUUGGCUGCAGCCAAGGUUUUUUCAUAUCUCUUCGUCUUUAUUGCCCUCUUCGGCGUGGUUGCAUCUGACCCUGAUCAUCUCCAGGAUCUCUGCGUAGCUAACAAAGCAGCAGGAAUAAAGGUGAAUGGAUGUCCACGCAAGGACGAAGCAAAUGUAACGGAAGCUGAUUUUUUCUUGAGCGGUCUAGCCAAUCCAGGAGCAAUUAAUAAUUCGGUCGGAUCAGUUGUAACAGGAGCCAACGUUGACAAAAUUCCAGGGCUUAACAUCCUAGGCGUGUCACUUGCCUGCAUCGACUAUGAAGCUGGUGGCCUCAACCCACCCAACACUCACCCCCGUGCCACUGAAGUCAUCUUUGCUCUUGAUGGUGAAUUGGAUGUAGAAUUCAUCACUACAGCAAACAAGUUGAUCUCCAAAUCCACCAAGAAAGGCGACAUUUUUGUCUUUCCCAAGGGUCUUGUUCAUUUCCAGAAGAACAAUGGUGCCAAGCCAGCUUCCGUGAUCGCAGGAUUCAACAGCCAACUGCCUGGAACUCAAUCAAUCGCUGCAACAUUGUUUACCUCAACACCCGUGCCAGACAAUGUCUUGACCAAGGCCUUCCAAAUUGGCCCUAAGGAAGUCAACAAAAUCAAAAACAAGCUUGGCCCCAAGAAAAGGUAA